AGUGGCGGACCCCCGGUUUCCUCGCUGUCCCGGGACCGGUGUGCGGGAGGAGGCGGCACGUUGGAGAAGUUCGUUUUGCAGGUGGUGGACCUGGGCCGGAACGGGGAAUCCAGGCCUAGGGGAGGAGCUGUUGGAGAUGUAAGCCUGCAAAAUGGCAGAAAAAUGUAACACAAACGAAGACCUUGACAUGAUUAGUUUUUUUGAUGUUUGUAGCUCUCCAGCAAAAAGUGAGGCCAGUUCCCUGGAUAUAUACGAUGGAUUGGAUACAACAUUUUCAGGAGAACUUCCAGAAUCCAGCACACCUUCAAGGGACUGCCUUGACUUAUAUGAGGAGAUUAUUACAGAAGAAGUUGCUGCAAAAGAAGCUUCGUUCAAUGAUUUGCAAUCUGAGUAUGAAAAGUGUCAGAAAAAAAUGAAAAUCCUAAUAAGAAAAUUCAAGGAAAUACAAUUACAGAACACAAACUUGCAGAAUGAAAAUCAGUGCUUGAAGAAGAAUAUUUCAGCUCUCAUAAAAACAGCAAGAGUCGAAAUUACUCGCAAACAGGAAGAAAUUGACCAGCUCACCCAGAGUUUAUUGGCAUCUUCUAGGAUACGUGGUGGCUAUCCCAUUCCUGCACUGAUAAAGAGCUCGCAUGUGAUGAAAUCAAAAGUUGACACGAGGUGCAGAGACUUGAGAACAAAGAAUGUGGAGAAUGUUGUAAGAACUGAAGUUAAAGACCAAGUCCAUUCUUCUGAAGGAACUAUGUGUACUAAUGCCAGUAAUAUUUCUGAAAAAGAGACUUGUGAUACUUCAUCUAGAGAUUCUAGAGCAAAGAAUGUUGAUAGUACUGUAAGAACCGCGUUUAAAGUUCAAGGCCAUUCUCCUGAAAGCAAAAAAUAUCGCAACUUUACUAAAUGUACUUCUGAAAGCGCAAAAAAUGUGGAGAGUGUUAUAAGAACUGACAUUUCAAUCCAAGACAUUAACUCUGAAGGCAAUAUUUGUGGUUAUUCCAGUAAAAAUACUUCUGAAAAGGAAACCAUGGAGGCAAUCAUUACUGGCUCACGAUCAACACAUUUGGAAAGUUUUAUAACUGAAGUUAAAGCACAAAGCAGUUCUUCUGAAAGCAAUAUAUAUAAUAAUAUUAAAAAAAAUAUUUUAGAAAAGGAUAAGUUAUCAGAUUCUGCAGAAAGUAGUAUGCAAAGUACCCCAAAAUGUUCAAAUAUUAAGCUACACAUGGAAAGUUUAGAAUCACCUUUACAGAAGCUGAUGUCUGAGUGUCACCAAGACGCAAAGGACAAGAAAACAAGGAAAGAAAAGGACACCGAUUACCGGGUUAAGGACAAUGACCAAAGAAGGCGAAAGGAGGAACGGCAGUAUACGAACAGUACUUUAGCAAAUAAAAACAGAAGCUUUGACCUUAGGGACAAGUUACAAGAGUGGAGUUCAAACAGAGGAAAAAGUGAAGGUGGGCAAGAAAGCCGAAACACAAAGUCUGAUAUGAAUUAUGACAUAAGCACUAGAAAAUGUUUUACUUCAAGCUCUUGUGACAAACCAGGCACUUCACGAGAGAGAAAGCAUUUUAGAGAUGAAUCACAUCAAAGAGAGAGGCAUAAAAACACCUGUGAGAAUUCAGAACGCAAGAGGGAGUCUAGAAAUAAGAGAGACAGAGACACAGAUUAUAGAAAGAGAUCAGAAGAAACAGAAGAUAAUCUGCUGCGAAGGUCUAAACGAACUCCAGUUUCAUAUUCCAAUGACGAAAAAUCCUCAAAUUCACACUGUGAUUUCAAUGAUCAAAGGAAUAGUGAUCCUGCUGGAAAAGAAAAGCACUUAUUUCAGUAUAAUAAUGAAAUUAAGUCAUCAUACAAUAAAGAAUCAAAUUCAGGCGUGCAUAAUAAAAAUGAAAUGAUCACCCCUAAAAAUAAGAAUAUCCGAGAAAACAAAAGUACAAAACAUGAUCGCGAUAAAAGAGGUGAUGAAAAAAAACGGUCACAACAGGAUCGAGAUCUAGGCAAGAAUGAAAGUAAAGAAUACAAGGAAAACAAUGACAAGGAAAAAAUUACCACUCAAUCUCCAAAUAAAAGACACCAUACAAAUAUCUAUGUAACAGAACAGCCUAGCAUUUCUGGGAGCAGAAGUACAAUUCAUAUCGAGAAAGAGUCACUUGGUGACAAACAACCAAAUACCAAGAAAGAUUUAAAGUUGUCUUUUAUGGAAACUCUUAACCUAACGCUUUCUCCUGCAAAAAAGAAUUCUCAGUGUGAAGUGGACACAACUUUACCUGACAUAAAAUGCAAUACCAGUGUAUCAAAAGUGAUUAUAGAGUCAUCUCUUGAUAUAUGUCUAGGAAGUACAGAGGAACCAAACUCCAAACCGCAUUUAGGUAGCACUUUGAAUGCGGUCUCAAAAACAGAUGUAGAAUUACAGCAUUUAAAUAGCUCUAGAGAUGCUGUCUCGAAAACCAGUUUGCUAAAACCUCACUCGGAUGUCUCUCGAGAUGGUUCAAAGACUAAUGCACCAAAAGAGCAUUUAGGCAGCGCUAGAGAAGCGGUCUCAAAGACUGAUGCACCAAAAGAGCGCUUAGACAGCUCUGGAGAUGUUGUGUCAAAGACUGAUGCACCAAAAGAGCAUUUAGACAGCCCUGGAGAUGCUGUCUCAAAGACUGAUGCACCAAAAGAGCAUUUAGACAGCCCUGGAGAUGCUGUCUCAAAGACUGAUGCACCAAAAGAGCAUCUAGACUGCCCUGGAGAUGUUGUGUCAAAUAUGGAUACACCAAAAGAGCAUUUAGACAGUCCCAUAUAUCCAGAUUUAAAAAUGGAUGUACAAAGUACAACUGAAGAGAUGAAAGUUGAUUUUAAAUUAAAAGAGACCGCUUCAUGUGACUCUGAAAGCAUUGCAGAUCAACCAGAGAAUAAUGGGAAAAUUAUGCAGACACAAGUUCUUGAAGGUGCCUUACAAACGACUGUUGCAGGAACCAAUGCAACUCCUACAAAAAUAUCUCAAACUUAUCUCAUACGUGAAGCUGAUGACGUGUGUUCACUAAGCCCUCAGGAGGUGGAGAACGGUAGUUUUGUAGAUCUUGUAGAACUGGGGUCCUUUAUUGAAAUUGACAAAUGCAGUGGAAGUGAUAGCCCUCUGCCGUCUAAUACAAGCAAAGACGUUAUUAUUGACCUCUGCCAGGAAGAGGACUCCUCUGAUGAUGCUGACAACAAUACAAACAAUUCCAAGUCAAGUGUAAAUGAGAGGUCAAAAGGUAUAUAUAAAUCCUCAAAUAUUGAUCUUAUAGACGUAAACAAGCAAGGAGCCGAAUAUAAAUCUGACGAGGAAAGCUCCAUAAUGAGCAUUGACUUAAAUGUUCUGAGGAACAUUCCUAAAGUCAUCAGCCCUCUGACCAGCCCAGAAAAGCCUUUAGGCAAGCUGCACAAAGUUAAGGGCACAGCAACGGCUUCUAUAGUGAGAGUUUUAAAGAAAGAGUACUCACCGGAUACUAAUACUAGCAUUGUAUGUGCAUCAUUGUCUAAAGAGCUCAACAAGGAGAAUUGCCAACCAGAAAGCAAGAUGGAUACAGCCUGUGGAAAGUAUUCCCCUAUACAAAUUUCAUCCGAUGAAGUAGAGGAAGGGGAAAUUAUAAGUGACGAGGAAGAAUCUUUAAAAACUGAAGAAAAAGAAAUGCCUCCAGACCGUACAAGUCCAAAGCAAACUAUUAUUGCAGAGAAAGUUAAGCAGAGUCCAACUCCAGCAGUUUGCAAAAGAGAUGUGGCACCUUCAUUCAACCACAAUAGAAUUGUGACCCCUGAAAGAAAAAACGCCUCUAAGACUAAGGAAAAGACAAAAACUAGAAAUAAGACCAAAUUAAUACCGUUACCAGAAAAUAUGAGGAAAAAACUUAAUGACUCUUGCCUUGAAGGCGUUGUUAAUAUUGUCCAACCAUCAAAUGUACAGGAUGUACUUCAAAUGUUACAUGCCGUUAGAAUGCACAUGAGAGUAAAGUACAUGAAAUUUAAGAUUCAGGUUUCAUUUCGCCAGUUCCAUAGAGUUAUUGAAAAUGGAUGCUUAUAUUUUAUAACCCUUAUAAAGAGCCUGGACUGGUCUCCUAUAUGUUCAACACCUGACAAUGUGAAAAAGUCUUUAUGUAAAUGCAUAGAAUCCAAGUUUAACCAGAUUAAAGAAAAUAUGACUGUAGAUCAUAUUUUUGAACAGCAUCUCAUAGACAUGAAAAAAAAGCUUUGGAUAUUUGUAGAUGAGCAGCUGGACAGUUUGUUUGACACACUUACAGCAAUGCUUACAAAACAUUGUGACAAAGCCACCCCUGAGUGUAAUGGUGAUGACAGCAAGGUGUCCACUAAGUCUUCUGCAAAUAAGAAGAAAUCUCCUGUCCAUGCAAAAAGCCAUCAAAAAGCAAGUCCCAAAACAGCUCACGCUCGCUUAUUUAAAAAAAUAUUUGGCUCUGAAUCAUGUUUAAGGCUAGGGAAACCUGAAAAGAAGAGUGAAACAAACAUUACUUCCAAUAAACAACUGAUUGUUCCUACGAAAAAGCUGACCUCUCCAAAGGCAGUGCGUAAGGAUCCUCCACUAAGCGAUAUCAGGAAUGGUGCUGCACAUUUAAACACUGUGAACCCAAAGUUCUCAAGAGAUUCUCACCUUAAAGACCCUGUUUCUACUGAAGACCAAUCCCAAAACAAUUCUUCUGGUUUGUCCUUUAAUUUAGUAAGUGAUGACCAUAUGGGUGACCUAUUUAAAACAUUGUUGGAUAAUCUAGAUCAGGUGGAAGAAACUAAAGUGAAGAAUGAAAACCUAUGGGAGUGUGCUUCGCCAAAGAAAAACUUAUUAGCUCAGAAAUGUGAAAUUGUAAAUGUUACGAUAGAAGAGACAACCCCUAUCAAAGAUUAUUGGCACCCUCCUUCUUUAUCAUCGAGCAUAUUGUCUAGGUAUAAUUCGUUACUUCACCCAGAUGUCUUGGAUGAAAGUUGCAUGUUGGAGAUUCCUAGCAGUGCUACAUCUACCAAGAGUAUUGGAAGCUCUGAUGAUCGGUCUAAAUCCUUUGCUUCAGUGUUGUUGGAAGAUCUUGCAGUGUCCUUAACUGUGCCAUCUCCUUUGAAGUCUGAUUCUCAUCUUAGUUUCCUCAGAGCAGGAAUUGUUCCUGAAUCUGUUUCCGGAGAUAUAAUUGCAAAUUACAGUGAAGAUGCCCUGCUUGAAGAAGAUGCUUCAGAACAGGACAUACAUUUAACUUUGGAUUCUGAAAAUUCCAGCAGUUGCUCGUUGCCGAUUGCAGAUGAGCUUUCUGCUUUUCAGUACCACCCGAGUGAGCCUAUGCAAGCAGUUAUCAUGGAGAAAUCCAAUGAUCACUUUGUUGUGAAGAUAAGACGUGCUGUAUCUGCUGACUCCCCAAACUCUGAAGGCUCAUCAACCGAACAUACAGAGUAUGUCGUCCCUCAUUUGGAAGACUCAGAGGUUAAAGAUUUUGAGAACAGAAGUAGGAAUUCUGAUGACGUAAUAGUUCAGGGGGAGAGAAGUUCUAAUGUCCAAAGAAGUGAUAGGCGUUCUCAAGGUGAAACAGGCACUGAUGGCAGCCGUAUACCAAAGGCUGCUAAAGACAUAUUAGAGAAAAAAGAAGCAAAAAGUUUUAAACUGCAGUUUCCAAUAGAUUCAAGUACACCUGAGCAAACAAGCCAGGGUCUUAAAUCACUCAAAGAUUUAAGGCCUAAUUGUGAAACACUUGUCCCAACUGACAUUAAUGAGUCCUGCCAUGGAGGAAAGAGCAGCACUGAAUGUACAAAAGGGGUGGCUAUGACUCCAGACAAAUUAGAGGCAGAUCAUUUAUUUGGCACAGAUUUGUUUCCUCUGACCAUUGCUGAGGAAAGAGAUUCAGGCUUGAUCAAAAAGAGGAAAACAACAUUAAAAGUGGAGUCCUUUGCAAAGAGACCAAAAGUUUCAUCAGUCCUGGGUUCUCAGCUUGAAAGGAAGAAAAGUAAGCAAAGUAGUAAAAACAGUGGGAAGAAGGUGUCUACAGUAGAGAAGUCUGGCACAAAACACAAAAAAUCUUCUAGAGAUGGUGCUAUUCAGCGAUCAUCCAAGUGUUCUACCAAAAACCUGUCUGCGAAAAAUGUUAUUAAAAAGAAAGGUGAAGUCGUUGUUUCUUGGACUAGGGAAGAAGACCGUGCAAUUCUUGUUGAAUGUCAGAAGCAUGGACCAAAUGCAAAGACUUUUUUAUCUUUAUCCAUAACAAUGAAGAAGUUUCCAUAUCAGGUAGAAGAAAGGUUCAAGCAAUUGCUGAAGUUGUUCAAAAAGAGCAAACACCCCAAAAGCUGAGAAGUGUCAAAAGUAUAUACUCUUUUACAGUUUCAUCUCUUUGGACCAGAUCUAAAAUAGCGAGUCAAAUCUACAUUUUCACCUUUUCUAAAAUCACUAGUUGUAAUGUAUAUAUCACAUUAGUGGUCUCAUGAGUAUUUCUAUUUUUACUCUC